AACUUGCGUGCGCAGCCAGGCUUGGGUCGGAGCGAGCGAGAGAGAGAGAGAGAGAGAGAGAGAGAGAGAGGCAAGAAGAAGAGCCGGAGUGGGUAUCUUCAAAGCUAGCUAGAGAUAUAUAAUAUUAAAGAUGGUGAGAGCUCCAUGCUGUGAGAAGAUGGGUCUGAAGAAGGGCCCCUGGACUCCGGAAGAAGACCGGAUUCUGGUCUCCUACAUCCACAGAUACGGCCAUGGCAACUGGCGCGCUCUCCCCAAACAAGCUGGUCUGUUAAGGUGUGGGAAGAGUUGCAGGCUCCGAUGGACAAACUACCUCCGACCGGAUAUUAAACGAGGGAACUUCACCAAGGAAGAAGAAGAAACUAUCAUCAAGUUGCAUGAAAUGCUUGGAAAUAGAUGGUCUGCAAUCGCAGCGAAGCUACCUGGAAGAACAGACAACGAGAUCAAGAAUGUGUGGCACACCCACUUGAAGAAACGAGUGAAUCCAAACCACGCCGUCCAAAAUUCAAAGCCGAAGGUCCAAAGUGAUGUCAAGACCGUGAUGGCAGUGAGACCUGAGAAGUUGCAAUCGAUUCCCAUUGCGGGCCACCCAAAGUUGGAAUAUCUGAACCCCCAUCCUGUGUCCCCGUCACAGUCUUGCAGUGAAAUCUCCUCAGCCAGCAAUUCAUCCACCAUUACAGGAGAUAUUAGCCAUGCAGGAAUCAAAGAAGGGUGCAUGAAUUCUUCGGAGGAACUCCUGGAAAUUGACGCAAGUUUCUGGUCAGAAGAAUUGUGGGGCGAGGAUUGUGGCACGCCAAUGGAUUGUAGCAUGCUAGCCGGUCCGCCUCCUAGAUCUCUUGGUGAUCCCUUCCCAUUUAGCCCAUCCAAUUUCUAUGAUGAUGACACAAAUUUUUGGUUGAAGGUUUUCACGGAAGCAGGAGAUUUCCAGGAAUUGCCUGAGAUCUGAGAGGCAUGAGACAGAGGGAGGAGGGGAUUAGUAGCUAUAAUAGUAUGAUGAUUUUUUGAAAGGCAAAAGGAAGGAAGCAUCUUCUUUUGGGCUUUUUCCAUGAUGGAAAAUUUGGGACUAGAAGAAAUAUGUAGAUAUUCUCUAGUCAUGCACCAAGCAGGGAAGUCAUAGAUGGAUUACAAAUUUGUGCGAGUAGCCUACGUGGAUUGGAAGGGGUAGAGACUAACGAUGUAAAGGGAGCUUUCUCUUCGUCAAGAGAGAGACAUCCGUAUGAUAUUAGAUAAUCGGGUCCUGAUUUUAUGAGAUUUGAACACAUGGAUGUAUAUCCAUCCUCUAUCUGAUGCUGAGUCAAGAUGAGUUCACAAGUAUCUCAUCCUAUCAGUGUAAGUCUCGAGUUGCCUGCUCAUUUGUGAUUGGCACCUCGUAUGUGGAGCUCAUGUAAUUUGUUAGCAACUAAAGUUCCGAGAAUUUUUUAAAAAAUAAAUUUAAAUAUUUGAAACAGACAAGAAAAAAAGUAAAGUUGUUACUGUGUUUGGGA